GGCGCGCGCCGACGGGGCGGGGCGAGGCCGCGCGCCGGGAGACGGGGUCUGCGGGAGCCCCGGGAGCCCCGAGGCGGCUGCGGUGUGCGGCGCUGCGCUUCCCCGGCGGCUGAGCGCGCUUUUAAUUUUAAACCUAUAGGGAAGUUGAAAACAGUACAGUCAUCUGACACCUUUCACCCAGGCUGACAAUGAAUGUGUUCCCAUAUUUGGAUUGUCACUGUACACAGCGUCUACAUGUAUAUCCUCAGCCUCACCAUGUGCACGCGGAGGCUUCUGCAGUUCCCGCUCCGCCGCUGGGCUUGGGGGGCAGCCUUCCUGAACCGCAUCCAGUGCGGGCACCGGGGAGCCCGGCGAUGGACACAUUCCAGAGGGAGCGCCUACAAAGUGGUGAUUUUUGACAUGGGCGGAGUUCUCAUUCCUUCGCCAGGGACAGUGGCUGCAGAAUGGGAGGUUCAGAACCGUAUCCCUUCUGGAACGGUACUGAAGGCCUUGGUCAGAGGUGGUGAAACCGGGCCCUGGAUGAGAUUUAUGAGAGGAGAGAUAACGAGAGAGGAUUUCUUACAAGAAUUUGGGAACUGCUGCUCUGAAAUGGCAAAGGCUUCGGUACCUGUGGCCUCGUUUUUCUCUCUGCUGACCAGCGAGCGGGUGGCGAAGCAGUUCCCAGUGAUGACGGAGGCCAUUACUCGGAUCCGGGCUAGAGGCCUUCAGACCGCAGUCCUGAGCAACAAUUUUUAUCUUCCCGAUGGGAAAAGCUUUUUUCCCCUGGACCGGAGUCAGUUUGAUGUGGUCGUGGAAUCUUGCCUGGAGGGCAUCAGUAAGCCAGACCCUCGGAUCUACCAGCUGUGCUUGCAGCGGCUGGGCCUGCAGCCCUCCGAGUCCAUCUUCCUUGACGAUCUCGGACAAAAUCUAAAAGCAGCAGCCAGCCUUGGUAUCCACACCGUGAAGGUCCGGGACCCGGAGACUGCAGUGCAGGAAUUAGAAACGCUGCUGGGCUUCCCUCUGCGGCCGGGUGUCCGGGACACUCGUCCCGUGAGGAGGACGAUGGAGAUUCCCAAAGGGCCCCUGGAGAAGUACCUCAGAGACUUGCUGGGGACCCAGAGCACAGCAGGUCCCCUGGAACUCCUCCAGUUUGAUCACGGACAGUCCAAUCCAACUUACUACAUCCGGCUGCACGGCCACCAGCUGGUCCUGAGGAAGAAGCCCCCAGGGACACUCCUGCCCUCUGCCCAUGCAAUUGAGAGGGAGUUCAGGGUGAUGAAAGCCCUUGCAAGUGCUGGAGUACCCGUGCCGAAGGUGCUUGACCUCUGUGAAGAUUCAAGUGUCAUCGGGACCCCCUUCUAUCUGAUGGAGUACUGCCCCGGCCACGUCUACAAAGACCCCUCGCUGCCAGGCCUGGAGCCAAGCCAGAGGAGAGCCAUAUACACUGCCAUGAACAGAGUCCUGUGCAAAAUCCACAGCGUGGACCCCCAGGCCGCCGGCCUGGAAGACUACGGGAAGCGAGGGGACUACAUUGCCCGUCAGGUGCAAACCUGGACGAGGCAGUACCGCGCCUCCGAGACCAGCACCAUCGCAGCCAUGGAGAGGCUCACCGCGUGGCUGCCGCAGCACCUGCCCCGCCAGCAGAGGACCACGGUGGUGCACGGGGACUUCAGGCUCGACAACCUGCUGUUCCAUCCAGAAAAGCCCGAGGUGCUUGCUGUGCUGGACUGGGAACUGUCCACCUUGGGCGACCCCCUUGCCGAUGUGGCCUACAGCUGCCUGGCGCACUACCUGCCGUCCAGUUUCCCCAUGCUGCGAGGUUUCAGUGACCAGGACCUGACCCAGCUGGGGAUCCCUGCCGCAGGGGAGUAUUUCGAGAUGUACUGCCUGCACAUGGGCAUCCCUGCCGUCGAGAACUGGAACUUCUACCUGGCCUUCUCGCUCUUCCGCGUGGCCGCCAUCCUACAGGGCGUCUACAAGCGGGCGCUCACAGGGCAAGCAAGCUCAGCCUCUGCUGAGGACAGUGGGAAGCUGACCGAGUUUAUGGCUAACCUGGCGUGGGAUUUCGCCGUCAAAGAAGGGUUCCGGGUGUUCAAAGAGAUGCCAGCCACGAGACCAUUAACGAGGUCCCACCACACACGGGCCGGUCCGCGGCCCCCGCCGAGCCGCACAGGCACGAGGAGUUACAGCUCCGCUGCAGGAGCUGCCUCGGGAGCGCUGGUCUUCUCUCCGGAGGGCCUCUCCCCAGCCGCCAGAGAGCUGUACGAGCGGCUGGCCCGGUUCAUGCAGCAGCACGUGUACCCCGCGGAGCCAGAGCUGCAGAGGCACCAGGCCUCAGCGGACAGAUGGAGCCCGCACCCGCUGGUGGAGGACCUCAAGGAGAAAGCCAAGGCCGAAGGACUUUGGAACCUUUUCCUACCCUUGGAGACUGAUCCUGAGAAAAAGUACGGGGCAGGACUCACCAACGUGGAGUACGCGCACCUGUGCGAGCUCAUGGGCACGUCUCUGCCGGCGCCCGAGAUAUUCAACUGCUCGGCGCCGGACACGGGGAACAUGGAACUGCUGGUGCGCUACGGCAGUGAGGAGCAGAAGGCCCGCUGGCUGCUCCCCCUGCUGCAGGGCAAGGCCCGCUCCUGCUUCGCGAUGACCGAGCCCCAGGUCGCCUCCUCCGAUGCCACCAACAUAGAGGCUUCCAUCCGGGAGGAGGGCGGCUGCUACGUCAUCAACGGACACAAGUGGUGGAUCACAGGCAUCCUGGAUCCACGCUGCCAGCUCUGCGUGUUCAUGGGGAAAACAGACCCACACGCCCCGCGCCACCAGCAGCAGUCCGUGCUCUUGGUCCCCAUGGACACGCCAGGGGUAAAAGUCAUCCGGCCUCUGACGAUGUACGGGCUGGAGGACGCUCCAGGCGGCCACGGCGAAGUCCGGUUUGAGAACGUGCGUGUGCCCCGGGAGAACGUGGUGCUGGGCCCGGGGCGCGGCUUCGAGGUCGCCCAGGGCAGGCUGGGGCCCGGGCGGGUCCACCACUGCAUGAGGCUCAUCGGCUACUCCGAGAGGGCGCUGGCGCUCAUGAAGACCCGCGUGAAGUCCCGCGUGGCCUUCGGGAAGCCCCUGGUGGAGCAGGGCACGAUCCUGGCGGACAUCGCGCAGUCCCGCGUGGAGAUCGAGCAGGCGCGGCUGCUGGUGCUGAAAGCCGCGCACCUCAUGGACGUGGCGGGAAACAAGGCCGCUGCUUUAGAUAUUGCCAUGAUUAAACUGGUGGUGCCGUCCACGGCCUCCCGAGUGAUCGAUCGUGCUAUCCAGGCCUUCGGGGCAGCAGGCCUCAGCAACGACUACCCACUGGCGCAGUUCUUCGCCUGGGCCCGGGCACUGCGCUUCGCCGACGGCCCUGACGAGGUGCACCGGAGGACGGUGGCCCAGAUGGAGCUGAAGCGCCGCGCCUAGCCCUGCCGGGCUGCAGGAGCCAGGCAGCCUCACCCCGCCAGCCUCGCCCGGCUCCAGCGGUGUGCCUGGGGAGGCCCGGCCUGCAUGAGGCUGGCACCGCGCCCGGCAGCUCUGCCUGGGAUAGAAGACGUUUCUGUGCCAAGUCCUCCGGUUGUUUAGGGCGGGGAGGAAAGGGACGGGCCGAGAGCUGGUCUCCCGUCUCAUGCCCCCUUAUCUGGCCCUGGGAACCGGAGCACGGAUCAGGAACCCUGCUGGGGCUCCAGCAGCCGCAGCCCCUGCUCUGUGGGGCCUCCGGCCUGGAUCCCCGGGCCCAGAGUGCUUCUGGGAAAGCAGGAUGAAACCAAAACCCUGAAGCCACUGCAGCUGAUUCUCUUCGAGUGUCCACAACCUAGAACGCUGAUCAAAGUGUUGUUUUGGAAGGGGGUGGGGGUCACAGAACAGUAAGGAGACACGUCUGAGACUCUGAGCUUCUGUCAGCUGCAAGCAGUGGAGAAUAAAGUCCCCCCCACCCCAUCA